AUGGAUAUUCAUGUUCUUCAAAGCCAGCCCGCCCAGAAGGUCGCGUUUAAAGACUCUUCCACGGUUCGUGUGGGUAAUAAACUUGUUCGCAAUAAGCCACCCACCCAGCCCUCUGCUAUGCGACCCGAGCGUAAUUCAAACGCUGUAAAAAGUAAUGUACAGACUGCAAGUGAAGCGGGAGUUGUUGUUCCACCCGCCCAACCCACGAGUUGUCAUUUGGUCCGCGGCGGGUUCCAGCCGCGCCUUCCGACUUCGCUGCCGCCCCCAGGGCAGCAGCAGCAGCCGUCGCCGCUACCACGCCGACAGCCCAUCCCGUUGAUGCCUCCCGCGCAGCUUCAUGCGGGAGCGCCCCGGGUGGUCGCUCCGGCGCCUGCGGUCCCUCUUCAGUCGCCACCGCCUUCGGAGCUGAUGGACGUCGACCCCUCAGCCGGGCCGCCUUCCCAAGCGGUGGCUGUGCAGCCUGUCCUGCAGCCGCUUUCCUUGGGCACCCCCAAGGAGUCUGACACCGCAGCGCCUUGUCCGGCGCCCACUCAGCAGCCGUCGACGCAGCGUCAGGAGACGCUGCCUCUCUUCGUGGGUCCCGACGCCCCGUCGCGUCCAGUACCAGAAGCUGCGCCCGUGGUCACAGGCGUGCACCCUGACCUCGGUUUUCAGUCGGUGUUUCCCGAGGCCCCACGCAGCCAAUGCUGGGGCCGCCGUUCUGUGACCUGGGAGGAGGAUGGGGCCACGAGCUUUAUCGACACUUGCUUCAUCAGAUACGAGCAAAGUAGUGAUGUAAAAGAUGAUCUGUAUGAAAGUAAUGAGGAUACAUUGGUAAACUUGACAGAGGGCAAGGUAAAAGCUACUAUUAAAGCCAAAAUGUUUGACCCUGAUGUACCCAUCGUGCUUGACAGGGGUGUCACAAUUAAUCUGAUGUCACAAGGAUUCUUUCAAGAACUGAAGAAACGUGAGCGUUUAACAACACUGCCAGUGCAAAAUAGCAAGGUACAAACUGCGACUGGUUAG